CCCACACACAGAGAGAGAGAGAGACACAGAGAGAGCCAGAUGGGAGCACUGUUCAGAUAGAUUUCAUAACUGCCCGAAAGAAAAAAAGAGGAAACAACCCACAUUUGUUUAAAACUGAAACGGUUACAUUGACAAUCUGAAGCCGCAGACAAAUUAACAAAAUGGGUAACUCUCAGACUUCAGAGGCAAACAUCGACUUUGUGAUCCGGAAUAUAGAACGCUAGAGAUAACAGUGGUAAUUUUUUUGGUAGUCCAAUUGGGGGGAACUACAACAUUUUUUUUUCUGUGUUGGGCGGCGUCCCUUUGCAAUUUUAAAACAAUGAGUAUAAUUAUUUUACUCUGUUGCUUGAUCUUCUGUGUUACCAGAGGUACGGACCUUAACGUUAUUAAUGGCAAUUGUACAUAUAAUAACAGCAGAACAACAACGUUGAUAGAUCAGAGCGGGCGAAGGUAUCUCCAAAUAGGAGACGGGACGUCAGUUGAAUUUGAAUUUCCAGAGAAUACCAAGGGGGUCAUCGUGAUUUCCAGCCACUACGGGCAUAGGACAGAGGGAGAGAACAGGAAGCAGACGGUGAAUGUAAAAUCCCUGGACACAGCUGUUUUGGCCAUUUUAAACGUAAGUGACAGCGGGAAUUUAGGACCGGAGAAAAGUUACGUUGUCAGUAUUAUAUCUGGUCUGACGGGGACGGCCCCCCUGUUAAUCCAGCUUUUGGAUUUGGACAAGGAUGCGAAUCUAGUGCUUUUAGAAGAGAGGAACGAUUAUGUUAUCAAAGUAUCGCCGAAUGAUGACGCUGUGUUGCGGAAUCCGGGUGGGCUGUCCCAUUUCUCUGAAAACCCUGUGCUUUUCGCUCUCUUGCCUUUGAUAUUCAUCAACAAAUGUGCUUUUGGAUGUAAAGUGGAAAUUGACGUUCUACGGGGUUUGUUGAAACAGCCGCACCCAGUAUUGAUGGGGAUAGUGGGGCAGUUUGUGGUCAUGCCUUUGUACGCUUAUGCCUUGUCCAGGAUUGCCUCUCUUCCUAAAGCCCUGUCUCUUGGACUGAUCAUUACCUGUUCGGCGCCGGGAGGUGGUGGCGGUUACCUGUACAGCCUCCUCCUGGGCGGCGAUGUGACCCUAGCCAUAUCCAUGACCCUCAUCUCCACUGUAGUCGCCACUGGCAUGAUGCCGCUGACCUCCACCAUCUACGGCCGCCUCCUCGAUGUACACGAGACCCUUCAUGUGCCAUUUGUGAAAAUCCUUGUCACCCUGCUGUUCAUUGCUGUGCCUAUUUCUACUGGGAUGUUCAUAAAGUACAAGUUCCCCAGCGUCUCCCGGGUUCUGCUUACCCUCAUCCGGCCAUUCAGCUUCAUUCUUAUCGUCGGAGGUAUUUUCAUGGCGUAUCAAAUGGGAGCUUCUAUACUUGCCAAUGUCAAACCGCAGAUAAUAGUGGUCGGGGUCACGGUGCCACUUUUUGGGCUGUUCUUGGGCUACCUCAUGGCAGCUGCUUUGAGACUGACAGUGCCUCAUCGCAAGACAGUCAGCAUUGAGAUUGGGGUUCAGAACAGCCUCCUGGCCCUCGCCGUCAUGCAGCUGUCUUUCCGUCGCGUGGAGGCAGACUUUGCAUCGCAAGCGCCCUUUAUCGUGGCUCUCAGCAGCACCUCAGAAAUGCUCCUUAUUGUGAUCAUUAACGUCAUCUACAAAAAACUCAGACCGACCACCCAGACAGAAGUGUGAUUAUACGAUUUCUUUGUUUAUAUACACCAAAAAGUCUUGAGACCAAAAGCCUUUUUUUAUUUUUCAUUUCACGCUGUGCACUAUUGUAUGAAAGUUAAAAUAUUUUUAUA